AGGAACCCACGGAUGCCAGCAGCGAGAAGUCCCUGGGCGUCCCCGAGGUGCCGGAGCGGAUGUGCUGCUCGACCUGUGGAGAGGUGUUCAGUAGCCGGGAGGAGCAGACUGAGCAUUACCGUCUCGACUGGCACCGCUUCAACCUGAAGCAGCGACUCCUGGGGCGCCAGACGCUGCCAGUAGAAGUCUUUGAGGAGAAGACCCGUGCAGGUGAUGUUUCCAGCAUUUCAGGAUCUGAUUCAGAUAGCUCUGAUAUCAGCAGUGAGUUGGACUUGUUGCCCUCUGCCAGCGAUGGCCCCAAGACCCUCCUGGUGCCCCGGUCCCACAAGGUGCUGCUCCGCAAUGCAAACGGCCAGCUAAUCUCUGCCUACCGCUGUGUGCUGGGCACUGGGAAGGGUGGCAGCGAGGAGCCAGCGGAGCUGAUGGCGUCACUGCAGCGCCUUGGUGCAAGCACCUGCUGGGUUGUGCUGAUGAUGGGCGGCGGGCACUUUGCAGGAGCUGUGUUCCGGGGUCCCCAGGUGCAAGAGCACAAGACUUUCCACCGCUACACGGUGCGAGCCCGGCGAGGCACAGCACAGGGCCUGCGGGACGCCCAGAGCCCAGGGUCAGCACCUCGGUCAGCCGGAGCCUCCCUGCGGCGUUACAACGAGGCUGCACUGCUGAAGGAUAUUCAGAACCUGCUGACAGCCUGGGCACAGCACCUGAAUGAAGCUCAGCGCAUCUUCCUCCGAGCCCCUCGUCACAACCGUGCACUGCUCUUCAGUGGCAGGAACCCACCCCUUAACGGAGGCGACCCUCGCAUCUGCCACAUUCCCCUCAGCACCCACAGGGCCACCCUGCGAGAGGUCCUGCGAGUCCACGCCACGCUGGCCAGCCUGCAGGUGUAUGGGAAAGACACGCCACUGGAGGACAUCACUGGGUCACCACAGAAGGGCUGGCAAAAGAGGUGUCAGAAAGCAGAGAUGGAUCCACCGCAGGAGGACGCAAGUGCCCCUGUCUUAUCACCCUCCUCAGCCCCUGAGGAGGAAGAGGAGGAGGAAAGCCCUGCAGGGGAACUGGAGACUGUGGAAGUUACACUGGGGACCUUGGACCUUCGGGAGUUUGAAGUGAUGCCCAAGCGACACCAUAAAAGGAGGAAAAAGAGGGACAAGAAGGUGGAGAAAGGGCCCCAUGCUGAAGAUUCAGGAUGCCGAGGUACCCAGUGCGGGCAGCCCAGCCUGGAGCUGGUGACAGAGCUGCAGGGGGAGGCUGGGGCUGAGCCCCUUCCCUGGGGCGAUGGAGGAGACCCUCAGACCCGGCUCCGUGAUGCCCUGUUCACUACCUGCAAAAUGGGGGAUGUGGGGACGCUGCGGUACCUCCUGGAUGUGCCAGAGAGUGGGGGCCUGCUGGGGGACCGUGAGGAUGGGGAGAGCACACAGUCCCUGGAUACGCCUCGCUCCCUGCUCAACCAGCCCAUGGAUGAGCACGGCUGCACCCUGCUCCAUGUGGCAGCACGUGCUGGGAAGGCUGAGGCUGUGUGGCUGCUGCUGGAAGCAGGGGCAGAUCCUGCCCUCAGGGACAGGCAGGACAGGACCCCUUACUGCCUCUCUGCUGACAAACCGACCCGCAACACCUUCCGCAAGUUCAUGGUGGACCAUCCAGACAAGUACGAUUACAGCCGUGCUAAGGUGCCAGGGCCCCUCACGCAGGAGAUGGAGGCCAAGAAGCUGGAGAAGAAGCGGGCUCAGAAAGCCCAGCGGAAGCAGCGGGAGCAGGCACAACGGGAGGAGCGGCAGCGCUGGCAGCAGGAGCAGGAAGAGAAGCAGCGGUUUGCAGCCCUGUCCGACAGGGAGAAGAGGGCCCUGGCUGCCGAGCGGAGGUUGGCUGCGCAGCUGCAGGACACCAGCACAACUCCUGGCAACAUCAGCCGCUGCUGGCAUUGUGGAGAGUCCCUGCUGGGCCGGAUCCCUUUCCAUUACCUUGACUUCUCCUUCUGCUCCACGGCCUGCCUGCAAACCCACCGCCGGGCCCAGGCUGGCCACACAUAA